AUGCCGUUUUCAUGCUUGCCUUUUUUUGCUUGCAACAGGCAGGUGGACAUGUUGGAUCGCCGACAGUGUAAUCUCCAAUCGAUACCACAUGAUAUCGAUCGGAAUGCGCGAACAUUGGAAGAAAUGUAUUUGGAUUGCAAUCACAUCAAAGAUCUCGACAAGCCGCUAUUUCGAUGUCGAAAAUUGAAAAUUCUAAGUUUGAGUGAAAAUGAAGUUAUUCGUUUGCCCUCCGACAUUGCUCACCUUACUUUUCUCGAGGAACUCAAUCUAAAAGGAAACGAUGUCUCUGAUCUUCCGGAAGAAAUAAAAAACUGCAUUCAGUUGAAGAUUCUUGAUCUUAGCUCGAAUCCUAUUACAAGGCUACCAGCAACAAUAACUCAACUAACAUCAAUGACCAGCCUUGGUUUAAAUGACAUUUCACUCACUCAAAUGCCUCAUGAUAUUGGUCAGUUGCGGAAUUUACGGUCCCUGGAAGUUCGUGAAAAUUUAUUGCGAGCAGUACCUUCUUCAAUUAGCCAAUUAAACCAGUUACGAAGGCUAGAUCUUGGUCAUAAUGAACUUGAUGAUUUGCCAAAUGAAAUGGGUAUGUUGGAGAAUUUGGAAGAAUUGUACGUGGAUCAGAAUGAUUUGGAAGCUCUUCCCGAAUCGAUUGUUCAGUGCCGUUCGUUAGAACAAUUAGAUGUUUCCGAAAAUAAGUUAAUGGUCUUGCCGGAUGAGAUUGGAGAUUUAGAAAAGCUAGACGAUCUUACCAUUGCUCAAAAUUGUCUUCAAGUGUUACCGAGUUCAAUUGGACGCCUGAAGAGGUUGUCUAUGUUGAAAGCAGACCGUAACGCAAUUACGCAGUUAACGCCAGCAAUUGGUAGCUGUCAUGCAUUGACAGAAAUCUAUUUAACAGAGAAUUUGCUCACAGAAAUUCCUAGUUCAGUAGGUAAUUUGAAAAGCUUGCGGACACUCAAUUUGGAUAAGAAUCAGUUAAAGGAACUUCCUCCUACAAUUGGUGGUUGCACCUCUUUGUCAGUUCUUUCACUUCGUGAUAAUUUAAUAGAGCAACUUCCACUUGAAAUUGGGCGACUGGAAAACCUGCGAGUAUUAGAUGUUUGUAAUAAUCGUCUGAAUUAUUUACCGUUUACAGUAAACGUUCUUUUCAAGUUAAGAGCUUUGUGGCUGUCUGAGAAUCAGUCGCAAGCAAUGUUGAAAUUGCAAACGGAGCAAGACCCAAGAACAGGAAUCAAAGUUCUAACAUGUUAUCUCCUGCCGCAAAGCAAUUCACAACCUGUAGAACAUGCUCCACCAAACCGUUCUUUCAUCGGUGGUCCCAAAGUACAUUUUGGUAGCGAUCUGGAAGAAACGCAUGAUGAUGAGAACGAAGUAGGACAGUUUUCGCGACAUGACACUCCUCAUCCAAAGCCACACUCUCAUACACCGAAGUUCAAAAAGCAAUCUAUUGAUGGUCACAUCAUUCAUCAUGAUGAUGACGUAAGAUUUAUAGCAGUACGUUGUUUACAAAACCCACCGGAGCAGUCCACAAAACCACCAACACUGACAUUGAAUUCUGGCCGAAAACGUGGUCCUGAUGAAGGUUUACCUCGUCCAUUGUCUCCAACUGCACCGGGAGCUACUCAAAUUGCUUCACUUCGAAGUGCAUUAAAACAUCCACCUGUACUACCAUCAGCUGCUAAUUUUGAUCACAAUAUUGAACGCAUAGUAGAUCAGAGGCAAAAGUUAUCACCAGGUGUUGAAAUAUUGAAUAUAAAAAUUCAUCGUGAUACAAAUGGAGGCCUUGGAUUAUCCAUUGCUGGUGGUUUAGAAUCAACACCUUAUAAGGAUGACGACACUGGUUUAUUCGUCUCGAAACUUAUUGAUGGUGGUCCGGCGAUGAUUGCUGGACUACGAGUUGGUGAUAAAUUGCUUCGUGUUAAUAAAACAGAUGUAGUCAAUGUGCGGCAUCAGGUAGCGGUAACAUCAAUGCAGGACGCUCGAGAUGUCAUAGAGUUGACGAUUUUACGUGAUUCGCGUGAAACGCCGUCUUCCUAUAUUGCUUCCAGCGGCUAUACUAUAUCUCCAAAUCAGAGUAUUGAUAACUCAUUUGUUUCGGAGUCUGCCGAAGUGUCAUCAUCAAUGACAAAAGAGACGAUUUCAACAACGAUUCGCCGGGAUAUGAAUGGUUCGCCAGGAUUCAGCGUUGCUGGUGGUACAGGUGAUGUAAUUGUGAUAUCAAGUAUAUCUUCUGGAGGUGCAGCUGAAAGGGAUGGCAAGUUGCGCGUUGGUGAUCGCGUACUUUCUAUAAAUGGCACAAAUAUGAGAGGGGCACGACAUGACCAAGCAGUGUCAUUACUGACGGGACAUAGUGGAAGUGAUAUUUAUUUGGUGGUUCAGAGAGAUCGUGCAAAUCAAAAUGUUGCCAUAACUCCUUGUUCACCGAGUUUAUCAUCAACAAAAACACACACAGUUGAGCGGAUGUCGCCGUUAAAGAAAUAUGGCUUCGGUGAUCCUUCUUGGGAUGGUAAAACUGAGGAAGUAGAACUUGUACGUGAUAAUCACUCGCUGGGCUUAUCCAUUGUUGGUGGCAGUGAUCAUUCAUCGCAUCCGUUUGGUGUCAACGCACCUGGCGUAUUUAUUUCAAAAAUAACAUUAAAUUCACCUGCAGGUCGUUCACAGAGAUUACGUAUUGGAGACAGGAUAUUAUCGGUGAACAAUAUUAAUAUCCGUACAGCGAAACAUCAAACAGCAGUUGAGGCUUUGAAACAAAGCGACAGGACAGUACGUUUGUUAGUCAUUCAUGAGCCACAACCACCAGGUUUAAGACAAUUAACGAUCAGGCGAAACGUUGGCGAAGCACUAGGAUUAAAUAUCUGUGGUGGUAUCGGUAGUCCACCCGCAAAUCCUCUUGACAAAUCUGAUGAAGGCAUCUUCAUUGAAAAGGUGGAGCGUAGUGGUCCUGCAGCUGCAUCAUCGUUAUCGGUUGGAACUCGUAUUUUGGAGGUUAACGAUGAGUCUCUCCUGGGAUGCUCACAGGAAGAGGCAGCUCGUAUUUUACGUCAGUCUGGCACAACUGUACGGCUAUUAGUAUGUGAUGCUUUCUGUGUUCCUUCUGCUGCUGUGUCUUCCUCAUUCAUGAGUCAAACCAGUAAUGAUACGCGAGUUAUAGCUGGCGAACGUCAAACUACUAUUUCCAGAAAUCUUUUAAAUGCCGACAUUCAAGAAUCAUUAAAUGAUUCCUCAUCGCAUCCAUUUAAAGCACCUUUAUCGCCGGACACUGGAGCUUCCGAAACAAUCAGAACUCUCGCUUCCAUUUCGACUGACAGUCCUUUAGCUGCUUCUUCUCCAAUUCCGCCUGUUUCUUCAUCUUCUGUUGUGGCACCUCCAUCAACGUCAAGCUUAUCGCAACCUUUGUCUCCGUUUUCGUCAUCGAAUACGACCACAUUUUCUGUCUCAAGUCUUCGUCCAGCAGUACCUCCCCCGAUUGCUCCAAAGCCGAGAAUCAUUCCAAAUCAGAAUGGGAAUGCAGUUGGCGCAUCUUCACCGCUCACUUCUUUUGAUGAACAAUUUGAAAAGCAAAAAGAGCGCACAAUUUCGUCAGCGCAGUCCUCAUCUCCAUCCACGUCGUCUUGGUCGUCAAUUCCGAAUCCCGAACGGUUGGCGUUUUCGUCGAAAUUAGAGAAAUUCGAGCGCGAAAUUGAAAUUAAAAGGCCAGACGCUAACCCCACGACAAAAUCCACCCUUCCUCCUGGUUAG